AUGACAUCUGUUAUGAAAAACAAUAAACACUACAAUAGUUUAACUGCUGUGGAAGAGCAAGAUAUAAACCUAAUAAACAUUGGUAGUUAUUAUCUAGAUAAGAUUGUAUUAAAAGAUCACAUUCAAGAUGCACAAGAACCAGUGGAGAAAGUGUUGAAGACUCUAUGUAGAGUUAUAGAUCAAAGUAAUCCAUCUAUAAAGGCAUAUGUUGUUGAUGUUACGGGUACCUGUUUAGUGGAAAAAGAUAAUAUAGAUUUUGCCAAGAAGUCUAUAGUAUUUGUUGAUAAUGAUAAUGCCAAUCUAGAGAAAUAUGUACAUGCUUCACAUAAAACACUCCCCUGUUCCUUGUCAUUUAAAGCUGUAUCAUCAUCAGAGAAUGAAGUCUGUUUAUUUCCUUCUGAUGUCAAUAUAGAUUUAGCUAAGAAGAUCUCAUUAUUUAUGGCAGAAUGUAGAGACGUAUAGUGACUAUAAGUAUAUUUCUCAACUUGAUGAUAAAUUGGUACCAUUCUGUUUUCAAUGGUUGGCAUGCAUUAUGAUUCAUUUUACUCUGGAAGAUGCUGUUUUCAUUACUUACUGUAAUAAUCAAAGAUAUUUAUCCUAUAUUUUACCCAGUUUGAUUCAAAACAUAAAUACAAACCAGUCCAUUAAGAUAAGAUUUAUACGAACAGUAUCUUUAAAUAAGAUUACAAUCAAUAGGAAUUUAAACAACACAAACUAGAUUUAUUCUGUUAAUUACAACUUAAACUACCUCAAAAUAAAGUGAACUGUUUGUACUUGAAUGUCAGCAAAUAUCUUUGUUUGACUGUCAUGUAUAGUAUGGUAAUAUAGUAUAUCAAAGUAUUUCUGUAAAUGUGAUUUAACUGAUGUUUUUUCUGAUAGCUGCUUUACAUUUUUGAUAUACAGAUGAUAUUGUAGAUGAUAUCAAAUAAGUAAAAUUUUGAACC